AUGAGCCUCACCGUGCUCCUCGACGGCCACCGGAAGAAGGUCCCUGUGACCGCGGGCACGUCCAUGUCGGACGUGCUGCGCAAGGCCUGCGAGCUGCAUGACGUCGACGCCGACCGCCACGAGCUCCGCCACAAGCACGCGGUCGUCGACCUCUCGCUGCCCUUUCGCCUGACGGGCAUCUCGUCCAACGCGACGCUCGACAUGGCGGCGAAAAAGGCGGCGCGAACGACCCGAUGCAGUCACACCCUCGCAGCGAUCCUCGCCCAGCUCCAGAUCCAUCUGUCGCCCGAAUGCGACUCGCUCAACUUUAUGCGCCGCGACAUUCGCGGGCCCGAGCUCGACACGCUCACGCUCCAGGCGCUCGGCCUCGUGAGCGGGUCCGGCAUGUUUCGCGUCCAGAGCUCGGCGACCUCGACCGUCGCGCCACCGCCGCGCGUCGUCGCCGCACCAGCGCCCUCCCCGCCACAUGUGGCCACGUCGAUGCCAGUGGCAGCGCCGGUGACGCCGGCCAUUGCACCGAUGGCCGCCGUACCCGAGCCAGUAGUGUCGGCCCCGUCGCCGCUGCCAUCGACACCGUUCGAUGCGAUCCAGCGCGUGCGCAGCUCCAACUUUGACGCUGUCUCGAGUACGGUCCCCAAGGUGCGUUCGAUCCGGAGUUCCAACCCCAAAUUCGUCGACGCUGUCGGUCGGCAUGCGGGCGGCAUUGAGUUUCUUCUCGCAUGUGGCUUUGCCGUCGAUGGCGACAUGCUGCACCUUGCGUCCGAGUCGAGCGACGUGCUGCAAAAUGCGUUGCGUGUGCUCCAUGACGAAGCCGACGACCUGCGCAUCGACUUGAGCGCACGGCCCCAAGUGCAAGUGCCGUCGUCACUACCAGCGCCGGCCUUUGAUGCGUACCAGCCGCUCAUCACGCGCAUGCAGGCCCAGCCGCGCGGUGCGAGCAUCACCGAGAGGCGUCUCGACGACCUCAAGAAGAAACAAGACGCACUCCUCGCGUCGUCGACGCCGGCGCGUCAGACUCGUAUCUUAUUUCCGCACGAGCUCCAGCACGCGACGCUGGCGGCGCCCACGACCGGUGGCAAGAGCGACGCGCAGCUGCUUGCACAGGCGCUCAAAGCGCGCCAGGACGCGGCCGAGAAGAGCCAGUCGUUUCGGACGCUCGCGAUGCGGGAGCUCGACGACCUCCAGCGCCGCAGCGUGUACCAGGAAGCCGUGCUUCGCAUCCGGUUCCCCGACAAGGGUACGUUCCCAUCGACAUGA